CCAUCAAUGGCCAUCUCCUCCUCCACCUCCUCCAAUGGCGGACUACAUCCCUCUCGCUUCCUCCCCUUCUUCUCCUCCCCCUGUCCGCCAUCUAAAGCUCCUGUCAUUCGCCCUCGCUACGGCACUUUUGACCCUCGUUGUCUUCCUCAAUGUCCACAAUCACUCCAACCACUCCCAGAACCCCAUCCUCCAUCCUUCCUCACCUCUUUCACGUGGACCCUCUCAUGGCGUCUCCGAGAAGACUUCCGGCAUCUCCAGCCUUCUCCAUUCCACCCCUUUCUUCCCCUGGACCAACCACAUGCUCCAAUGGCAGCGCACCGCCUUCCAUUUCCAACCCGAAAAGAACUGGAUGAAUGAUCCGAAUGGGCCGGUGUUCUACAAAGGAUGGUACCAUUUGUUCUACCAGUACAACCCUGAUUCAGCGGUGUGGGGGAACAUCACUUGGGGCCACGCCGUGUCGCGCGAUCUCAUCCGAUGGCGACAUCUCCCUCUCGCCAUGGUUCGCGAUCAAUGGUACGACUCCGACGGCGUCUGGACCGGCUCCGCCACCAUCCUCCCCGACGGCACUCUCAUCAUGCUCUACACCGGAUCCACCAACGCCUCCGUACAGGUCCAAAACCUCGCCAUCCCCACCGACCCCACAGAUCCACUCCUUCUCGAGUGGACAAAAUCAGAUGCGAACCCCGUCCUCAUCCCGCCGCCGGGAGUAGGCCCGAAGGAUUUCCGGGAUCCAACCACGGCGUGGUACGAUGACGAGGCCGAAGCGUGGCGGUUCGUGAUCGGAACGAAGGAGGACAAAGGGCACUCAGGGAUCGCGCUGGUGUACCAAACGAAGGACUUCUUGAACUACGAGCUACUUCCGGGAAGGCUUCACGGGGUUGCGAGGACGGGGAUGUGGGAGUGUGUCGACUUCUACCCCGUUGCGACAACGGCGGGGGUUGGUGGUUUGGAUACAUCAAUCGUCGGCGAGAAGGUGAAGCAUGUGCUGAAGGCGAGCAUGGAUGAUGACAGGCAUGAUUACUACGCCAUUGGAAUGUAUGAGAGCGAGAAGGUGAGAUGGGUACCAGAUGAUCCGGAAGAGGACGUGGGCCUGGGUUUGAGGUACGAUUGGGGCAAGUUCUACGCUUCAAAGACGUUCUUUGAUCAACAAAGAGCGCGGCGAGUGCUCUGGGGAUGGGUUGGUGAGACCGAUAGUGAAUUCGCUGAUGCGCAAAAAGGUUGGGCUUCUCUCCAGGGAAUCCCUCGGACAGUGUUGCUUGAUCUGAAGACAGGAAGCAACCUGUUGCAAUGGCCAGUUAAGGAGGUGGAGAGCCUUAGAGCAAGUAGCCAAGAGUUUACCAACAUCAAUAUCAGUUCUGGAUCAGUUGUACCCCUUGAUGUCCGAUCAGCAACACAGUUGGACAUUGAGGCUGAGUUUGUGAUAGAUGCUGCUUCUUUGGCUGAGACAUUAGAGGCUGAUGUGGGAUACAAUUGCAGCACCAGUGGUGGAGCCACACACAGAGGUGCUCUGGGGCCAUUUGGUUUGCUUGUUUUAGCUGAUCCUAAGCUAUCUGAACAAACUGCAGUAUACUUUUACAUUGCAAAAAAGCCUGAUGGUGGUCUUCAAACUCACUUCUGCCAUGACGAAAUGAAAUCUUCCCACGCUAAUGACAUCUAUAAGAGAGUGGUUGGCAACAAAGUCCCAGUGCUUGAUGGUGAGACAUUGUCAGUAAGGAUACUGGUGGAUCAUUCAAUUGUAGAGAGUUUUGCUCAAGGAGGGAGGACAUGUAUCACAUCCAGAGUAUAUCCAACAGAAGCCAUUUACAAUUCUGCUCGAGUUUUCGUCUUCAACAACGCCACCGGCGCACGUGUGGCUGCCAAAUCCAUAAAGGUAUGGCAGAUGAAUGCUGCAGAAUUUGAUGAAUCUGCAUUUUAAGAGUAAAUCAUAUGAUAUGCAUAUACAUGUAUAUUCAUUCAUGCUUUGAAAUGGGUAAUCUACCUUCAUGAUCUUUUUUUUUUUUUUGGGUGUAUUUUUGCCUCAUUGGCCUAUUGUUGAUCAGGUAUCAUUUUGUCUAGUGUGUCAUUGUAGCUUGAAGAAACAACAGGUCCUAAGUCCUUGUAUUAUAUAUAUAUAUAUAUAUGUUAUUAUGGCCCCUUGAUUAUUAAUUUAUUAUUUUAUCAUC